AUGCUUCCUCGGCUAUCCCAUGUUCUCCUCGCUGCGCUCGCACUGAGCCGCACAAUUCUCGCCGAGCCCUCGGACGACGAUCAGCUCAAAGCGUUCUUCGCUAGGGAACGCGUAGCUGUGAAGCCGGUGAACUUCGGCAGGCGGUCUGCUGCUACUACCCCGACCCGUCAUCUCCGUCCUGAGGCAUUCGAGGAUGAAGCCGCACUGCGAAAGCGUGACUCUAUUACCCCUCCGGAUGUUGGACAGGUUGCAGAUUGGGGAGGCAGCAAUCCCCAGCCUGUCCGUAACGGAGCAGGCGACACGUUCCUGGCAAAUAGCAACCACCAGAUCGAUGCCCAAAACCCCGACAACGUCGCGGCACCACCCACUGAUUCCGGUACUGUGCCUAAUCUGAAGUGGAGUCUGUCACUGUCGCACACGCGUCUGCUCAAGGGUGGCUGGGUUCGCGAGCAAACUAUCACAGAUUUACCCCCAUCUAAGGAUCUCGCUGCCGCUGAACUGCGCUUGUCGCCAAACGCCUACCGUGAACUUCACUGGCACCGCGUAGCCGAGUGGGGUUAUAUCCUCAAUGGCACUGGGCGCAUCUCUGCAAUUGACGAGAACGGUAGGAGCUUCAUUUCGGACGUUCACGGUCCGACGAACGGCACCGACCCGGACAUCUACUACUUCCCACCUGGUGUUCCUCACUCCAUUCAGGCACUCGAAGAUGGUCUCGAGAUCCUCCUCAUUUUCACAGACGGCAACUUCGACGCGACUGGUACCACGUUCAUGCUCUCGGAUUGGCUUGCGCGUACCCCGCUUGAGGUUGUUGCGCAGAACUUCGGCGUGAACGUCAGCCUGCUCGGCGGAAUCCCUCAGAAGGACCCGUACGUCUUCGACAGCACUGUGGCCCCGCCACCCUUUGGCCAUGCCUCCGAGCAAGCUGUGAAGGACCCGAACGGCCAGGUUCCCAGCCCGUACGUGUUCCACCUUUCCGACCAGGAGAGAAAGUCGGCGCCUGGCGGGGGCGGAUGGGUCAAGAUCCAGGACUCGGUCACAAACUUCCCUGUGUCGACUUUGCUCGCCAGCGCCCUGGUCUUCGUAGAGCCGAAUGGUCUCCGCGAGCUGCACUGGCAUACAUCUGAUGAGUGGCUCUACAUCAUUAGUGGCAAUGCUCGCGCUACUGCCUUCGCUGGCAGCUCCUCCUCGCGCACCUUUGACUUCCAGCCUGGAGACACCGCUGUCUUCCCGGUUAGCUACGGCCACUACGUCAAGAACUUGUCGCCGACUGAGCCCCUCAUCUACCUCGAGCUCUUCAAGGCGCCCAAGUUUGUGGACUUCAGUGCAACACAAUGGCUCGCACUCACGCCCAGGCAAGUCGUUGCCGAUCUGCUGAACCUGUCCACAAGCGUUAUCGAGACGUUCAAGACGGAGAAGCAGGUGAUUGUGGCGUGAGCGGAGGAUCCCAUGGGUUUUAAAAAUACAAAGCACCUCGCUCAUCCUUUACAAUCUUCUCCGAACGAUGCCACCGUGCACAAUCCAUACCUGCUGUAAUUUAUUGAUAUGCAAAUUUUGCUCAUCGUC